UUCUCGGCCUUUUGGCUAAGAUCAAGUGUAGUAUCUGUUCUUAUCAGUUUAAUAUCUGAUAUGUGGGCCAUGUGUUCACUUCGAUAUUAAAUUUAUUUUUUGUGGGGGAGGGUCCACCACAGUGGCUUGCCACUGGGGCCCUCGCGUGUCGCCCAGGCGUUGCACUACCGCCCGGGCCUGGCGCACCCCAACCAAAUCAAGUUUAAAUUUUGAUUAUAAGCAAAAUUGAUGGCCCACCUCAACUAAAUUAGAUUCAAACUUUAACCUGAAAGUUGUACUACUAGUAGAUUUGUUGAAAUAAAGGGCUUGUUUGGUACCCCAGGGUCCACUUCCAUCCAGUUCAUCCAGGGUCCACUUCCUCUACCCAGCUCCACUUCCAUCCAGUUUUGGUUGAGCUGUGGAGGUGGAAACUCCAGAAGGGGUGGAGCUAGAGCUGUGUCAAACAGACUCAAAAUAUCGAUAUCGAGAAAACACGCUUAAAAAAAAGAUUUUAGUCGCGACUAAAUGUAAACACAAACCAAAUUAAUCUGAAAUUCCAAAUUAAUACUCCCUCCGUCCCAUAAUAUAAGGGAUUUUAAGUUUUUCUUACAACGUUUGAUCACUCGUCUUAUUCAAAAAAUUAUCAAAUUCUUUCUUAAUAAUCUGCAAUUCGUGUGAAAUAUGUAUAAGAUUUGAAUGCAUGCUAGAGAUUUCAAUUGAAUUGGGAUUAAACACAUCGCUGUCCUUUCAACUCGGACCAUUCAGUACAGGUGGAGUGAAAACCAGCAGCAGUCGUCAUCGAUCUCGAGCGCCACAUGAAAGAUCAUCCAGAUCCAAACAAACCAUCUGCAAAUCGAAGCGGAAUCCGCCGGUGAGCCGCGGCAACCGCAGCCAUGGACGAGAGGCCAGCGCUGCCGCCGCCGCCGUCGGCGCCGCAGUCCCCGCCGUUCUCCGCGCCGGCAUCGCCGUACUCGGCGCUCCACCCGCUGCUCCUCCCCUCCCCUAACCCGCACCUCCUCCUCAAGCCCAAGACGCUGACCCUCUCGCUCUCCUCGUCAUCCCUCGGCUCGAUGCCGUCUUCCUCCCCGCCUGGCCCCGCCGUCACCGACGCCUGGGAGCUCGUGACGCCCACCGCCACCGUCGUCGCCGUGGGCGCUGCCGCCGUGGACGACGGCGGCCUCGACGACUGCGACGUCUUCCCCCCGCGCCUCCACGAGGGGCUCGGCGUCGAGGGGGAGGCGGAGGAGGCUGCGGCGAAGGAAGGGGAGGAAGACGACGGCGAGGAGGAUGAUGAUGAUGAUGAUGAUGAAUUUGGUGAUGGGGAGUGGCUGUGGGGGUGGGGGAGGUGCCGCGCGGCGGCGAGGCGAGCGUGGGCGGCCGGGGUCGGGGCCGUGCGGGAGGGGCUGAUGGUGCACGGGACGUGCGGGUGCCCCGCGGUGAGGCCCGCCGUGUGGUCGGCGGCGGGCGCGGCCGUUGUGGUGGGAGCGCUGCUCUACGCGCGCCGGCGGGACAGGAGGGAGAGGGACCUGCUCGUGCUGCUCUCGCAGGAGAAGGAUAAGAGGAUUGCCCAACUUCUGCAUCAAAUUGCUUUAAUGAGUGACAUGAGAAGUGGAGGGGAAGCAAUUAAAAUUAUCAGGACCCCGUGAUUAUUUUUUCACUGCAGAAGAGGUUUCGUUGCAUUGUCGUACCAAAUGUGUCAUGUAGUUACAGAACAGUGUACACUUUUAAGUCUGGAGGAUCAUCACUUGUAGCUUGAUAAUAGUUUAGCUGCAUCGCAUAGGCCUGAUGUUUACACGGUUAGACAGCAAAACCUCCUACUAGACAAACUGACCUUAAGGGUUCAAUAUGUAUGUUAUGUAUAUAGUUCGUAGAUAAUUUAUUAAACUAUGAAUACAUCCAAAGUGUUGUUUAUGUCGGUUACUCUAGACUGGUGGACUCAAUUCUGCAUGCGUCAUUCAAAUUCCCCAGCGACGCUGAUGGAUUAGCUGACUUUGGUUUCGUAGUUUA